AUUACAAAAAGAAUUUGUUACAUAUAUAUAUAUACAAGUUAGUCUAUCAAUAGUAUACAAUUGCUUACAAAUAAUUUUUAUAUACAGUGAAGAUUAAUAAAGUUGUUUUGAGAUAUGGCCGACAUAUGUUAUGGGGUAAUAGAUGAAAAGGAAGUACCUUCUUCGUCGUCGUCCGAGUCAAGUUCACGAGCCGCACGACGACGAAGGAUGGAAAUAAGAAAAGUAAAAUACGUCGCGGGAGUACCCGCGGUUGUAAACAAGAAUGGGUUUAAGAAACCCAGACUAUCAUUCUCGUUGGCAUCCUUCUAUAAACAGAAGGAUGCUGGCGAGAAUUGUAGUUAUCCUGAGUUGAGAUCGGAGGAUAAUGAUGUAAAACAUGUUAUUAAAGAUAAUACUGCUGCAACAACUAGUUCGUGUGCUAAUUGUUUUGUUGAUACCGAAAUGGUUCCUAAAUUUGGAGUUGCAUCGGUAUGUGGACGCCGAAGAGAUAUGGAAGACGCGGUUGCGGUUCAUCUUGAUCUUCUAAAGACGGAUGAUACUCAAACAUCAAAUUUUCAUUAUUUUGGCGUCUAUGACGGCCAUGGUUGUUCUCAUGUUUCAAGGAGGUGCAAGGAACGUUUACACGUGUUAGUAAAAGAAGAAAUGAAUAAAUUAAAAAUGGAAUCAUCAAAUGAUUGGAAACAUGGGAUGGAACGAAGUUUUAGUCGAAUGGAUGAGGAAGUAAUGAUAUGGAACCAACAAGCUACAAGUGGUGACUGCAGGUGCGAGCUUCACGCACCUGAGUCGUUUGGUGUCGGGUCUACGGCCGUGGUCACGGUCUUGACUCCCGACAAGAUUGUUGUCGCAAAUUGUGGCGACUCAAGAGCAGUGCUCUGUCGAAACGGCAAAGCAGUGCCUCUAUCUAAAGAUCAUAAGCCCGAUCGUCCUGAUGAGCUAAACCGGAUCCAAGCGGCUGGUGGAAGAGUUUUAUAUUGGGAAGGUGCUAGAGUUUGUGGAGUUCUUGCCAUGUCUAGAGCUAUUGGUGAUAACUAUUUAAAACCAUAUGUAACUAGUGAGCCAGAGAUGACAAUUACUGACCGGACGAAUGAGGACGAGUUUUUGAUACUUGCAAGUGACGGGCUAUGGGACGUGGUGUCAAAUGACACGGCGUGUGGCUUGGCAAGGAUGUGUUUAAAAGGAAAUGGACCGUCGGCGAAGAUGAAGAGCCCGCCGGUAAAUGAUGUGUCUGAGUACGAGAAUUGUGACAAGGCUUGUUUGGAUGCGUCAUUAUUGUUGACAAAACUGGCCUUGGCACGACGAAGUACGGACAAUGUUAGUGUUAUUGUUGUAGAUCUAAGGAAAACUUCUUCGGUAUGAUCGAUGUUUGGACAGUUUCAAAACUGGAGAAGCUGGGAAUUUAAUUAAUGGCUAUAUAUCUAUUCUAGAUA